AGGUAGGGCAGGCACAGAAGCAGCCAGAGAUCGCGGCUCAGCAGGCGGCAUAAAAGGAGCGAGUCCCGCUCCAACCUAUCCUUCGCCGGGCCGGCGGGGUCACCUGCGCGGCCUGGACACCUAGCGCAGCUGCGCCCGUGCCUGUAAGCUCCAGUGGCUGCUCCCUGCCCAGCUGCCGCGCCCGGCCGAUCCCACCGACGGGCACAAGUGCAUAGGGAUGGGGGCAGCAGCUCCCGCAGCCCUGGGCCUGGAGUCCCCCCCCUGCCGGCCUCGGGCGGCCAGGCCAGCGAGCCUCGCCCGCGCCCAUCAGCAGUGAGAGCCCGCGCCCCGCCUGGACUGAGCCAGCCGCCGCGUCUCGGGAGCGAAGCUUGCGCGCGUGGGGACAGGACCGGCCGGGGAUGACCGCGGAGAGCCAGCAGCCCACGUGCGGGGCCAGCCCCGCGGAGCCCGGCCGCCUGCUCAUGCCCCUGGCCAAGGCGGAGCCGGGGCCGCCAGAGGCUGGGCUGCGGGGCGCGGGUCGGCGGCGCAAGCGGCCGGUACAGCGGGGCAAGCCGCCCUACAGCUACAUCGCCCUCAUCGCUAUGGCCAUCGCGCACGCCCCGGAGCGGCGCCUCACCCUGGGCGGCAUCUACCGCUUCAUCACCGAGCGCUUCCCCUUCUACCGCGACGGGCCGCGCAAGUGGCAGAACAGCAUCCGCCACAACCUCACCCUCAACGACUGCUUCGUCAAGGUGCCGCGGGAGCCGGGCCGCCCGGGCAAGGGCAACUACUGGGCGCUGGACCCUGCGGCCCGCGACAUGUUCGAGAGCGGCAGCUUCCUGCGCCGGAGAAAGCGCUUCAAGCGCAGCGACCUCUCCACGUACCCGGGCCCCGCGCCCGACGGCGCCUUCGGGCUACCAGCGCCCGGCUACCCCGCGCCGCCGUCCGCCCCGCGCCGCCCGCUCAGCCCCUCCGCCAGCUCCUGCGCCUUCGGGGGCGCCGCCUACCCCAGCCCGGGCUGCGCUGGGGCCGCCGUCUCCUACCCGUACCCGGGCCCCGGCGCGCCCCUGCCGCUCACCCCGGGGCCCUACGCGCAGGGCAGCAGCCAGCUGUACCCGCCCGGUCGCCUGGCCCUGUCCGCCUCACCCCCGCUGAGCGGCGACAGCCGGGACUUCUACGGCCGCAUGUCUCCCGGCUCCUGCCCCUCGCUGGCCCACGGCUACAGCCCCGGCGCUUACCUGCGCCAUGCGCCCUACCCCGGCGCCGUGGAGAGGUUCGUCCCAGCCAUGUGAAGCGGGACGGCCGGCUGGCGUGAGCAGCUGCGUCCCGCAGGGAGCCGGGCCUCGGUGCGGGAGGGGGGCUCUCGCUAAGCGCUGCGCCGAGCUGCGGUGGCAGAGCCUGGGGGCGGCCUUGGGGAAGGAGGGGGGCACUGAGACCCACGUGUUGCUGAAAAUCUCCGGCCGUGGCCCAGGACAAGGAGAGUAGUCAGCGGUGAGCCCCCGGAACUGUGCGUCUGAACUUGUCCCUCGUGGAGAACCCGGGCGCGAUUCGGUUCCCCAUGUAGCCUGCCUCUCCUCUCCCGCCCCUGUGAGGUGCAGAGGAGUCUAGAAACCUGAGGCGAUUCCCCAGCUCUGCCUGCAGACCCCGUUCUGCAUGAACCAUAAAGGCUUUGGGCCCCAAAGACAGGAGAGGAAAGGGGGUGUCUCAGCAGUUCUGUUCUUGGCCUUGGAAGUGUGACAGCAUUGCAAUAAAUGGCUCUUCCCACAGUGACUCCUGGGGCUUCCUCUUUGCUGAUGUCCAGUUGUCCUCACUGCUCACACAGGCAGCUGCAACUUCCCUGUGCUACUUUGUGGGCUGCUCCCUCCUUAGUCUUGUUUGCCAGGGGUCAGCCUCUGCUUGUCCAUGCGGUCUCCUGAGCAGCCUAGUGGUCUGAGCGGGAUAAGGUGUUUCAUCCCCUGAGCUAGCUUGCCCCACAUUGCCUUGAAGGGUUGCCCUGGCCACAAACUGUUUUUUUUUUCCUUCUCUCCAGUCUGUUUAGUGAUUGCCACAAACAUUAGCUGGAAACCAGGGCCAGAGCCCAAGCCCGCUGCAGUCAGAGCCAGGCGUUAUAACUCGGUUUGCUGUUUGGUUGAGAGGGCUCAGCCUUCCACAAGGCGCUCUGCAGAGAGAGCUUUACAGGGCACACGGCCAGACCCUGUCCCCAAAGCCUUCUGUGUCUAAGGGUCUGCUCACAUAAGGCAGUUCCACUGUCUAAUCAUUAAAAUGAUGUCAU